UUUCCCAUGAUGCAAUGCGUAUCUGUCAUGGCUGCUCACUGAUGCCACUCACAGCACAUGGGGUUGAAGUGAAUACAUUUUUAUUAGUGAGUUGAUAUAGCCUGCACUGCAUUAAUAAGGAUACACAUAUUCUCAAUUUACAAGCACGCUGGUACCGGUUGGAAGCAGUAUUGACUUCGCUGUAUCACUGUUCCUAACCACAUUUUGGGAUGGUGCGGGACUGUGAGAUUCCAGUGCUCCGAGGUUUUCUGACUCCUAGAGAGGCAACGGAUUGGCAGCAGAAGGUUUUCAGCUCUGCAGAGGCAGGUCCCCUUCUGCAGUCAUUGCUUGAAGGGGACUUUGAGGCGGUGCUGCUGAGUCCUCAGGUCUUGGACCUGCUGGGUGGUGGAGACAACUUUGAUGGACAGGCCAUCGAGGCCUACCUGGAAGGACGUGUCCUAGCCUACCUUGACAACAGCACAGACGAUGACAAGGUUGACAGGGAGAGGUCUAUGUUGGCCCUGGCAGUGGCCUGCCUGCAGCUCUUUGUCCAGAGUAACUGGACAGGUCCCCCCGUCACCAUCCAUGUCCCUGACCUGCUGCCCCCGGCUCUUCUCUCCUCCUUCACUGAGCCUGGGGCCCUGACCUCAGCCCUGCUUGGCAGUCUUCUCUUGGAUGGAGAGUCAGUGUACAGCCUGGUGGGGAACCCCUUCGUACUGCUACUGGCCAGGGUUUUGCUGGUCAACUGCUCUGCCAAGUUUGAUGUCCUCCAGCUACUGCCGUGGUGGACCCUGCGCUACGUGAGUCUACACCAGCAGAUCCUGGAAGAGCGCUCCCCUCAGCUCCUCAGUUUGGCCCACAGCAGCAUGGAAAAAGUAAUGAGGUACGGGACCCUCUUCUCUGAUGAAACCCUCCAGAACCUGUUAAUCCAGUUCCAUCUGGAGUGUGGCUAUAUCUCUUUGACCUACUAUGAGUACAGCCCAGCCAAGGAGCACUUCCAACAGGCCAAGGAACUCUCUGGCCUGGAGAUGGACAUGACCGGUGCUCUAGGCAAACGGACUCGCUUUCAGCAGAACUUCCUUGCCCAGCUGAUCCUGGAUGUCAGACGGAAAGAUGACUCCCCCGUCACCAAGCCUGAGAGCGACAUGACCCUAUCUCCCACCCCAUUGGCCAGCCUGCCCAAGGACCUCGACCUGGCGGAUGAGACGGUGUUGAACCAGAUCAACUUGGCUGAGCCUGAACAGUACCUGCUGCCGGAUCUCAGUGCUGAGGAGCAGGCAGUCAUCCUGGGAGUUUGUAAUGAUUUCCAGAAGAACAACCCUGUCCAUAAGCUGACUGAAGAAGAGCUCCUGGCCUUCACCUCAUGCAUAUUGUGUCAGCCUAAGUUCUGGGCGGUGGAGGUGACGGCACUGUGUCUGAGGACCAAACUGGAGAGGGGCAGCUCUCGACGGGUGGAGAGGGCUAUGAUGCAGACACAGACCAUAGUGGAUUACUUUGAGGAGAAGAGCUGUCCUGUGACGGAGCGUCUGAAACUCUUCUACUGCUGCCAGGCUCCUCCCAGAUGGGUGGUCCAGAAACAAUUGGCCAGCCUGCUGACCGACCUGGGUUGCACCGGCUCUGCCCUGUUGAUCUACGAGAAGCUGGAGCUGUGGGAGGAUGCCGUCAUCUGCCUGGAGAGAAUGGGCCAGCAUGGCAAGGCAGAGGAGAUCCUGCGUAGGGAGCUGGAGCUGAAGGAAACCCCCAGUCUGUUCUGCUUGCUGGGGGAUGUACUGCGGGACCACCAGUAUUACGACCGGGCUUGGGAGUUGUCAAAUGGGCGCAGUGCUCGCGCCAUGCGCUCCAAGGCCCUUCUGCACCUCCGGGCCAAAGACUUCCAGCAGUGUGUGGAGUGUUUUGAGAAGUCACUCCGCAUCAACACCAUGCAGCUUGGGGUGUGGUUCUCUCUGGGCUGUGCCUACUUUGCCCUGGAGGGCUAUGAGGGAGCUGCCAAGGCCUUCCAAAGGUGUGUGGGACUGGAGCCAGAUAACGCAGAAGCUUGGAACAACCUCUCCACGGCAUAUAUCCGCAUGGGUCAGAAGACCAAGGCGUUCCGCACCCUACAGGAGGCUCUGAAAUGUAACUACGAGCACUGGCAGAUCUGGGAGAACUUCAUCGCUGUCUGCAUUGACGUGGGAGAGUUUGCAGAGGCCAUCAAGGCUUACCAUCGCCUCAUGGACCUGAGAGAGAAAUUCAAGGAUGUACAGAUUCUUGAGAUCCUGGUCCGGGCGGUGGUGGAAGACAUGACCGACAGCCGCGGCGACCGGGCCUCUUCUCUAAGGAGUAAGGUCCAGGAGCUCCUGGGGCGUGUCACGUCACGGCACAGUACCGACGCCGAGAUCUGGCGUCACUACGCCCUGCUGUACGGAGACGGGCAUAGUGUGAAGCCCGAGGACAACGAAAAAGCUCUGCAGUUCCUGUCCAAGGCUCAUCGCUGUGAGGUGCAGGCUGGCGGCUGGGAGAAAGACACUGGGACAUUCAAGGAGGUGAUAAGGAGAGCCAUAGAUUUGGCCAACGUGACCCUCCACUGUAGUGAAAAGAAGACUAACCCCCAGGAGGCCUUACAGAUGUUGUCCUCCACCCGUCUCAGCCUGAGGAGUCUUGUCACCAAAGCCAAGCAACUGCACACCGACGUUGCUACGGAAGAGAUCCACAGCCACAUAAGGGAUGAUGUCAAGGAGUUGGAGCAACUGAUCACAGAGCUGCAGGACCGAAGCGGUCUGCUGCGCGGCCAAUCGGCUUCAAAGCCUCAGUAAAAACCCACCUCUGAGGUUUCUAAGCCCUCCUACAGCAGCUUGUCCCUGUGCAGACAUGGCUACAUGGGACACUGUCAGGUGACCUGCAUCCAUCACCCUGGUCCUCACAAGAGGACGUCCCUUUUACUGUUCAGACAUUCUUCUUCAAGAAAACGCAAAUGUAGAUGGAGUGUAAUUGUAAAGGACUGCCAACGGAAAGGUGACGCAUUUUCUUCAGAGAAGUGUAAUUUUAAAGCAUUUGAUGAUAAAUCAUGGUUGAUAACACUGCAGGAUAUCAGGAAUACCCACCUUUCCAGUAGAGCAAUCAAACUCACAACGUUGAUACAGUCAUAAACUAAACAAAGAUGAAGCUAAUGUAUGUUAAAAAAAAAAAAAUUAAUUAAAAAAAGAACCACGCUUGCCUUAAUGAUGUGCUAGUCACAACAAAUUGGACAGCUGGACUGUGGACUCAGCCGAUGAGACAUGUAAGUAUCUGAGGGAUAUCCACAAGCAGGACAGGACAGUGGAUGUUCCUCAUCUGGGAGGCAGUGGGCUGUGAAAGUGUCGUCCCACCUCGCUGUUACAGAACCGACACCAUGGGGGGGGCCCCCUCACAGCCUGCUCCUCGUCACCAUCAUGCCUGGGGGGCUACUGACAUAGAUCUAACUAUCAUCUGCGCCAUUGUGUUUUUUUCCCCAAAGGAAAAUGACCUUGGCAUUGCCUUUGCUUUAUCAUACCUAUCGUUUUUUUGAGAUUGUUUUACUGUGCUUCUUUGUCAUGGUCUGACUCUGCCUUGCAUUGACGGAAAAGCAUACCGUGUAGGUAAAAAGAGAAUUACUUUUAUAUGAGUUGAUACAAGCGUGUUAUUUGUCACAGCUGUUGUCCUUAACAAAUGUUAUUACACGUUUCUUUCCCCCUCAUCCUGGUAGCAAUAUGGAUUUAGGAUGUGUGUCACCCAUACAUAUUCUGUAUGUAUACAUUCCCUAUCUUCAGCAUGUCUUGAUUACAAUUUAUUUGCAUUCAAAACCAGAGUUGUCAUAAAAUUUCAAUAAAUGUUUUAAAUAUUC